GAUGAAAGUGUUCUUGUCGAUAAUUCGAAGCCAUCAACUUCACUUAGCAGCUUGUGUACUACAGGGCUUUCUUUAAGAUAUAAGACAUCUUUCCCUUUGAAUCAAAAUUUUCUCUUCUUUUAACUCCGAAUAAAGAUCCUAGUGUAUUCAACAAGCUAAGAAAAUGCCUUCAACUCGGGUUGCGCUCGCCGGUGCCACGGGAAAUAUUGGAUCUCCCGUUCUCGAAGCUCUCCUUAGCUCGGACUUCAAUGUAACGGCCCUCUCACGUAUAGGUGGGAAUUCAUCCAAGUUGAAGCCUCACCCUAACCUCACCAUCAAAGAAGUCGACUUCAGUUCUGUUGAGUCCCUGAUUCCCGCGCUGGCGGGAGUUCAAGUUGUCGUCUCUUGUGUGGCGAGUUUGGCGAUGGGCGACCAAGAUCCCCUGAUCGACGCCGCAGCUGCGGUAGGUGUGAGACGAUUCAUCCCAGCGGAGUUCGGCAUUGACUCUGUGAAUCCUCUAUGCAUGCAGCUCCCCAUCGUAGGCGUGUCUAAGGCAAAAACACAGCAGCACCUCCAGGAAAAAUCCAGAUCCAAUCCCGGGUUUACCUACACCGCAAUUGCCAACGGUCUAUUUCUAGAUUGGUGCCUCGAGGAGAACAUUAUCCUGAACAUACCUCAGCAUACUGCAACUCUAUACAACGGCGGCGAUGUAAAAUUCAGCGCCUCGCUUCUGUCCGAUAUCGCGAAGGCUGUUUUGGGCGUUAUUGCACAUCAGGACGAGACGGCAAACCGCGUGGUCUACAUCCAUUCGGCACAUAUUACUCAAAACCAGCUAAUUCAGUAUGCUAAAGACAAGGAUGGGAAAGAAUGGAAUACGAUUGUUAGGGAUACAGAAGAGCUCAGACAAGAAAGCUUAGCGGCACAAGCCGAAGGCUCCAAGGGUGGCAUGGAGGCUGCAACACUCGGGUUUUCCCUAUGUGGCAUGUUCAAUUCCGACUAUGGCUGUGAUUUCUCGAGUCACUUGGAUAAUGAAUUGUUAGGCAUAAAGGAACUGAAUGAAGAUGAGCUGAGGAAGCUGGUGGAGAGCUACUUGUGAUAUAUGUAGUAGUUUAAAGGGGAUGAUGAGCAUUAGGCAAGAUAAAUUAAAACGGAGUAGUUUCUUAGAAAGUGUUUACUCUUCAGCGAAGUGUAGAUACCUAGUAUUAAAGGCAUACUAAGAAAAACAAAUAACGUGCGGGAAGAGAAUGGUUCUUUACCUCUCCUCAG